AUGAACUGCACUCCUAACGCCACUCUCCACGGUCCACAGCUCGGACUAGCCCUGAGCCCCGAGUCCGGAUCUGGAUCUGGCUCGACCCAGGACUCCGGCGGGACCCAGGCCGGCGGGACCCAGGGCGGAGGCGGGGUCUGGGUCACCUCCCUCCUCGGCAUCACCCUGACCGUCAUGUGCGCCAUCGGGGUCGUCGGAAACCUCUACACUUUGCUCAUAACGAGGUCGGCCGCUCUGAGACGCACCGGCUCCAUGUACGUUUACAUCGUUAACCUCGCGUUGGCCGACCUCCUGUACCUCUCCACCAUACCCUUCGUGGUCUGCACAUACUUCGUCCACGACUGGCUCUUCGGGGAGGCCGGCUGUCGGAUUCUUUUAAGCCUCGACCUCCUCACGAUGCACGCCAGCGUUUUCAUCCUGGUCGCCAUGAGCGCCGAGCGAUACCGCGCGGUCGCCAAACCCUUCGUCGCGCACAGGUCGUCGUCCCGAAACCGCAAAAUGGUCGCCGGGUUCAUCUGGGGCACGUCCUUCGUCCUGACGCUGCCGAUGAUGAUCAUGAUCCGACUGCGCGAAGGGAAACCGAACAUCGCCGGUUUGGUGAAGCGGAUGUGCUACCCGACGUGGACCCCGGACGCUUUCAAAGUUUACAUCACGGUUUUGUUCCUCACCAGCGUUCUUCUUCCCGGUUUGGUGAUCGUGGCGUUGUACAUGGGGCUCGCUCGGAGGUACUGGGCGGUUCAGGCGCAGCUGGGGGCGACCAACCGCUCCGCACGACGACGAGGACUCAAACAGAAAGUGGUAUCGAUGAUUUUUAGCAUCGUCGUCGCGUACUGGGCCUGCUUUUUACCGUUUUGGAGUUGGCAGCUCACCAAACUCUUCUCUCCGGAGCUGCUGAGGGCCCUGACGCCGGCCGCGCACAAUUACAUCAACUUUUUUGUGACUUGUUUGACGUACGGCAACAGCUGCAUCAACCCUUUCCUCUACACGCUCCUCACCAGGAACUACAAGGAUUAUCUGGCUCAGAAGAGUCAGUCGAACGGGUCCAGCAGAGCAGAUCCGGGGUCGAACGUCACCACGCCACUGCAAGAUCUGUAA